AUGGCGACAGUAAAGUUUACUUGGCAAGAUGAACUUAAGCGAAGUGGUUCAUUCUUCAUAGGUACGAGUCCAGAAUUCGACAUGGCAUUAUAUACGAUAUGCUUUCUCACGCGGCGAUCUCGCCACACGUGCAAAUUCUUCUUGGACCAGUGUCCAUUUACAAUUAUCAGUUACGAUCUGAUCCAACACGGCAAAAUUUUCAUUGCUACUAUUUAUCCAACGGCUGGACCGCUUACUGACAAAUGUCGAAAAUAUAACAGUUGA